ACACUAAAGGCUUAUCUUAAUAAGCCCAUUGUGGUUGGAUGUUCAACCAUGCUUGAGGGGGUCUGAUUGAAUGCUGCGCAGCUGCGAAAGCUCCAAGGCUGCCCAUAAUAAGAAAAUGCCUAAUACAUGCGAGGUUUGCGCCUCGGAACUCUCCAAAUACCGAUGUCCCACAUGUGGGCUGAUGAGUUGCUCGCUCGCCUGCACCCAAUCCCACAAGAUCUACUGUGCGCCCAAAGUGCCAUCACCAAAGACAUCUGAAGAAGUGAAUGGUAUCCAACAUCAGCCAGAAGAAGUCAAUGGGCAUACUGGUGAAGAUACGCAUGAGUUACAGAAAGGUACCGAUCCCAGUGUUUUAGGGUCUUCACCCCAGCUUAAGGAGCUGUUCAAUCGUUAUCCCGCACUCCGUGACCAGUUACGAGAUAUCUAUAAGGCUACUCUUGAGGAGGAAUGGACUGAGACUCAAGCUCAUGGGGGCCGACGACCCUUCGGACGGGGAAAGGGAGCCCCUCGCAACCGAGGACCUUGGACUCGCGAGAAGGGCUUCAAUAGAGGUUUGGGGAAAGUCAGAAAACUAAGGGAGAUGUGUGAAGAAGGCUCGGAGAUCGGGAAAAAUGCCGAAGGUUACAUGCGAUUCGUAGCCUUGGUCAAUGGAGAGCGUUUCCCUCACGAAUCUGCAUGAGGUGUACUACUUUGUUCUUUUCCUCUUUUCUCUGUCCUGGGAAACAUCUCGCGUGCAUAGAUCGGGAGUUUUGGGGUCAUGUAUCUUACCAGGCAUCCUCGACCUCGAUUAACUGUGCCGAGGCUGAAUAUGUUGGGGGGAAGGGAAACCAUUCAAUAAACCGACAGCCCUUCACCUCGGAACGUCCCUCAGCAGAGGACCGAGUAUA